AUGACCUCUCAAAAGCUCACACUCAAGAUUUCAUCUAUGAAAGACAGGCUCCUUGCCAACAAAAAGAACCAAUCUCCUAAGGAUGAUGCCACAUUAGUGGAUAAAUUGAAGGAGGCACAAAUGGAAGGCAAUCGACCUGACAAUAACUUCAAAAAACCAGCUUUUGUUGCUACAGCUGUUGUGCUAGUGCAGAGUCAUAAAACCAGUGGUGGUGCACCAAAGAUAUCUACAAAUUAUAGCCGAUGUUGGGGAACAUUAAAGGCUAUGUGCCUUGUUGUUCAGCAGCUUCAAGAGCUGUCUGGUUUUGGAUGGGAUGAUACCAGAAAGAAAGUAACUGCUGAAGAAGAUGUGUGGGAUAACUAUAUUGCACCUCAUCCAGAAGCAAAACCAUGGCGUACAAACCCUUUACCGCUCUACAAUGAUAUAAUCAGACUCAUUGAUGGACACUAUGCCACUGGUGAGGGUGCUUUUUAUAUCCCAGAGAUUGGUGAGCCUUCUUUGCCUUUGCCUCAUCCUUAUAAGGAGCAAGUGGAUCAAGAUGAUGUGGGCACAGCGGAUGGUCAUCCAGAGAGUGAUUUAGACUUGGAUGGGGAAGAAAAGUCUCAGGAUUCUAUUGAAGUGUCUCAGAGAUUAAAAUGCAAACAUGCAGCUUCUGGAUCACCCACUCCUGCAUCUGCAUCAAAGUGCCUUCAUACCAAGGUGACAGGACCUUCCGCCAUCCUUGGCAUUGCAGAUGCACUUAGUGCCGGUUUCAUCACUCAGUCGUCCUGA